AAAUGGUCUGCAACAUACCUUUGCAGAUUCCUUUAAAUUUUCCAUCGGUCCAUACGCGGGAGUCUGAAAUGAAUAAAUAAGUGUUCACGUUAGAAGAACCUGAUUAUUGCAUUUACUAUUUUAUAUUUCAAAUAAAAUAUGGAAGAUUUUUCGUUUGCUAUAGGGGGUGUUAAACAAGAAAUUAAAACAGAUAGAUACAAGUGUCGUAUAUGCCGCAAAGUGUAUGCUAAUAGAAAUAGUCUCUCCAUUCACAUAAAAAAUAAACAUAAAAUUGCGAAUAAGUACAUUUGUCCUCAUUGCGAGUAUGACUAUACGACAAAAGCGGAUCUGCAAAGACACUUGGAAAAAAAAGUGUGUGCAAUUAAGACGGAUAAGAAUGGAAAAGCCAUUAUCUUUAACUGUAAACAUUGUCCUCGAGAGUUUGGUUCAAAAAUUGCUUUAACUUUACAUAUGAAACGUGUACAUGAAAACGAAUUUGGUAAAUUUAUGUGCACCGUCUGUGAGAAAAAAUUCGGAACAAGGAACCACAUGAAAAAACACAUGAGAACAAUACAUUCAAUUAAAAAAUACACGUGUACAUUUUGCGAUUUAAAAUUUAAUCAAGAAGAAAAUCUGCAAGCCCAUAUUAAAACUCGACAUUCUGAUGAUGCUACGACAAGACAACAAGAAAAAUUUGAUAAAUUGACAACUUCCCAGCGGAAUCUCAACGCAUAUUUGGCUUGCAAUUUACCAAACGAAGUCAUAAGAGAUGUGACGAAUAAAACGACGGAAAAAUAUUAUUUAAAGUUAACUACUCGCCAAAAAUGUCGCAUUGAACUAUAUAAGAUGUUCAAACCUAAAUGCAUGAACGAUGUUGUUGAAGUACCUCAUAAACAUGACUAUUGUUUUACCUUUGACAAGGAAGAUGGGACAUACAAAUACCAAGAACGGAUUCCUGAUAGUGAAGAAUUCAAGGUAUACUGCUACGUUUGGAGGGAUGGGACUACGUAUGAAAUAAUUGACGUCUAUAUUGGUUUGACCGUUCUCACUCCUCUGGAGGCAACUAAAUCUAAGUGGUACAGAUUAGUUCAGUGGGGCAAUAAUAAGGAUACGAUAGUAAAAGGUUGUUCGGACAGGUCACUGUUUGAAGCCGGUCACUUCUUUUGUGCCGAAGAAGCUUUCUUUGUGGAUGGACUGAUCGCAGAUUGUAAAGAAGCUGGACAACAGUUGAAAUGGAUUGCAAGGGGAGAAAGUGGAUCUAUUUGCUCCUUUAACCCUAAAGAAUGUUACAUUCUUCUGCAACGUUAUUUGGGUCAGAUUAAGUAUUCCAUGAGGAAGGGAAGUGACGUCUGGAGCAAGCUAAGACUAUUUCCUGAUAUGACUUUAGAUAACCUUGUUCAAAAUGAAUUUCACGUUGACCUAAAACGAUAUAUGGAUCUAGUCAAGGGGAAUCCAAUCGAAAAUCAGCCAGGACUUCUGAACAUACUUCUAGUGAUUUUUACAGUUUCAUUAAGCCCGACCCAGGGGUUGAUCUACAAGUCUGAUUCGAACUCAUAUUUAGUUAAAUGUGUCAAAUUUUAAUUUUUAAAUUAUCGCAAGACGGACGGACUGGUAAGCCGUCCGUUACUAAGCCCUGGGUCGGGCUAGCAAUAUGUAUUCUUAUGGGGAUAUCUAUAAAUUAUGCCACAUCUAAAGUUUUAUGUAUUCGUAUUUGUGCUUACAUAUCAGAAGGGUGGGGGAGGGGGGAGGGUUCGAAUGGAAUUUUCGUGUGACAUAAUUUAUGGACUUGCCCCAUUGUAAUUGCUAUAAUAUAACUACUCUACAGCAUGUUAUCCCAAAGUCCGUACUACUACAUGAAUUAAAAUAGAUUCGUAGAUUGUAUUGAAGUAACAGAAUUGGAUUGUAAUCGAUUCCUGAUUAUAAUCGGGUGAGAAUUCUCCAUUUGUGAUGAGAUUAUAUUUUUGCAAAAAAAUAAUCGUCUAAAUAAGUGUCUAGGCAUGUUAAUUACCAUAUAUAUAUAUAUAUA